GAUACGACGCCAUAAUCUGACAGUUUUCGCCGGAGUGUUUUUUUUGGGGGGGUUUUUUGCACAGUUUUCUGUCCUGUUAAAAGCGAAACAUGUCGAUAUUCACGCCCACGAACCAAAUACGGCUGACGAACGUGGCGGUGGUGAGGACGAAGAAGGGAGGGAAACGCUUCGAGAUCGCCUGCUACAAAAACAAAGUCAUGAGCUGGAGAUCAGGAGCAGAGAAAGACUUGGAUGAGGUUUUGCAGACAAACUCGAUCUUCAUAAAUGUGUCAAAGGGACAGGUGGCAAAGAAAGACGAUUUGUCCAAAGCCUUCGGAACAGAUGACCUGACAGAAAUCUGUAAACAGAUCUUAGCAAAAGGAGAGCUUCAAGUUUCAGACAAAGAAAGGCAAAGCCAGCUGGAGACAAUGUUCAGGGACAUUGCAACUAUUGUUGCAGAGAAGUGUGUCAACCCAGAGACCAAGAGGCCAUACACAGUAAACCUUAUAGAGCGGGCAAUGAAGGACAUUCACUACUCCGUCAAAGCCAACAAGAGCACCAAGCAGCAGGCUCUGGAGGUGAUCCGACAGCUGAAGGAGUCAAUGCAGAUCCAGAGAGCCCACAUGAGGCUUCGUCUGGUACUGCCGACAAAAGAGGGAAAGAGGCUGAAGGAGAAGCUGAAGCCCCUGCUGAAGGUGGUGGAGAGUGAGGACUUUGACGAGCAGCUGGAAAUGGUUUGUCUGGUGGACCCAGGCUGUUUCAGGGAGAUCGACGAGCUGGUCCGCUGCGAAACCAAAGGCCAAGGCUCCCUGGAGGUGCUCAGCCUGAAGGAUGUUGAGGAGGGAGACGAGAAACUCGAGUAAUCCCCUCCAAACCCCCUGAACCCACAACUCCCACAAACCCCCUUUGUCACAUCCACUUCAAAAUCCACCAGUAACCAUCAAGGAAAACUACUAUUUAUGAUUCACUUUAUAUCAGUGUAGCACUACUUCCUGCCCCCCCCCCCCCCGGAUGUUCAAGAGAAUUAUUUGAUAGGCGAUUUUGCCUUGGUUUGAAUUUAAUUUCCUUUGCUUCUCCCCAAGUUGCAAAUAUAGGGUAAGAAUGUAUUUUAAAUAUUAAGUUGGGAGCAUUUACAUCUCGGUUUGCAAGUUAGGUCGUUGCUGUGAUGACCUGUAUUCUGUUGUUUAAAGAAAGGCUUGCUGGGCAUUUAGUGUUAUAACACUGAUGAGGAAGUUCAUCUCUGCCUUCGGUAUUAUUUUAUGUGUGCCAUGUUAUCAUGCUCAGUAGCCCUAUGUUACUAACAGGUUUUUAAUUCCAAUAACUUAUAUUUUGUCAUAAUGAAAAUGCGUUUACUCAGCAGCAAAUAAAUAUAACAAUUUAUUUCACUUUAUUGUUGUUAAUACCGCCUGACAUGUCUCAAAGAAGCUUUUUUUUUUUUGGUCUCUCUCUCAGUAUCUGCCUUUAUAGUGUCCUCGAUCAUUAUGAACCUAAG